AUGGAUCCGUGUGAGAGGCUGAACUGCUCAGGUUUUUCAAAUUCUAUGAAGGAUUUCUCGAAUUUUAUUAAUUCUUCUUCUUUGUUCGAAGUUCCUUUACAAGGCGUUUCUUCACUUGAAGUUAUAUCGGAUUGGGGUCCUAAACCAUUUAAGUCUAUCAACGCUUGGUGGUUUCACCCUCAUUUUUUCUCGCUUAUUGAUAGUUCAUGGGCUGUUAUCUCUGAAUCUAUUGCUAAAAGAAAUCUUGUUGCUAAGUUGAAAGAAUUAAGAUUGGUAAUCAAAAUUUGGAAUAAGAAUCAUUUUGGGGACUUGAAUUCAAAGCUGGGGGUUGUCCAGAAAUCAAUUACUGAUUUGGAUUAUACUGCUGAUGCUCGGCCUUUGGAUGAUUCGGAGAUGACAUUAUUAUCUUCUCUUCAUGUUGAAUUUGAUAAGUUUGGGGAAAGGAAUACAAAGUAUUAUCAUUCGAUAGCCUCUAUUCGGUCUAGAUCUAAUCUUAUCUCAGAAAUUUGGGUUAAUAAUGUUCUUUACUCGGAUCCGGAUGAUAUUAAGAAGCAUGUUCUUUCUUUCUAUAAGAAUGCUAAUUAUCUUACUUCUCCCUUUUUGGAAUCAGACAUUUUCUUAGCUCUUUCGAGCUUCGAUGAUAAUAAAUCCCCGGGCCCUCGCGGAUCUUCUGCUAUUGUUGAUUUUCGACCAAUUAGUUUGGGUAAUGGUAUAAGGAAGUGGGUUUCGAAGGUGCUAGCAGACAGACUUGCUCCUGCUCUCCCCUCGAUUAUUUCAGAAUUUUCUUGGUCCUUUAUUAUUUCUAGGCUUAAGCGAAUGAAUUUUGACGGUUCUUGGAUUAAUUGGAUUUCCUCUCUUUUCAGUUCUUCUCAGUUGGCUGUGUUGGUUAAUGGUUCUCCUGUUGAAAAUUUUUUUUGGAGAAAGCAAUUGAGGGUCUGCGUGCUACUUUUUUCGAAAGCUAUCUCUAGAGGUUUUAUUGAUGGGAUUCAAAUUGAGGGGUACACUAACCCGGUUUUGCUUUUACAGUUUGCAGACGAUACUUUGGUUUUCAUUCUUAAUGAUUUGGAAAAAGUAAGGAAUUUGAGGCGUAUUUUGCACUGUUUCGAAUUGAUUUCUGGUUUGGAAAUUAAUUUCCAUAAGUCAUCUAUUACAGGUAUCAAUAUGGACGAUUAUUCUAUGAGUUUGGCGGCUGAUAUUCUAUCUUGUAAAAUAGAGCAUUUUCCUAUUACUUAUUUAGGAUUGCCUUUGUCUAUUAAAAAAUUGAAUGUGGAGCAAUGGGAUCCGAUAAUUCAUUCAUUUUCAACCCAGCUUUCUUCUUGGAGGGGAAGUCUGUUGUCGCCUACAGGUCGAUUGGUUCUUAUUAAGUCCGUAUUGAGUAGCUUACCGGUAUAUUACAUGUGCUCAUUUUGUGCUCCUCCUUCAGUGAUUAGCUACCUAGAGAAAUUUAUGCGUAAAUUUCUUUAG